GAGGGCGGUGGGGCCGGAGUCGUGUAGUUUUCGAGCCAGGAACAAACCUGAUCUCUAUGGCUGCCCACAGGCUGCCUCUUGGGCCACAGAGGAUCUGGUGAGGAUGAAGAAAUGGGGGAGCUCAGACUCAGGGGAUUCUGAGGACCUGCCCCAAGAGGACUCCUGCCCAGACCCCCCAGAUGGAGACCCUGACUCCAGGCCACCUCCAGCCACGCUCCACAUCUUCCCCAUGAGCAAGAGCCGCAGCCAGCUCUUUGGGAAGUGUGAUUCAGAGGAAGCAUCCUCCAUGGACUACUCUUACGAGGAAGGCCAGCUGGCCUCUUGCCCAGCCAUCACUGUCAGCCCUGUUGUCAUCAUCCAGAGACCUGGGGAUGGCCCCACUUGUGCCAGGCAGCUGUCCCAGGACUCUGUCACUGGCGGCAUCCAGAAGAACCUCAAGCUCUAUGAUCGCAGGAAGAUCUUCGACGCUGUCGCUCAGAAUAACUGCGAGGAGCUGGAGAGCCUGCUGCUCUUCCUGCAGAAGAGCAAGAAGCGCCUCAUGGACAGCGAGUUCAAAGACCCAGAGACAGGGAAGACCUGUCUGCUGAAAGCCAUGCUCAACCUGCAUGACGGGCAGAAUGACACCAUCCCCCUGCUCCUGGAGAUUGCCCGGCAGACGGACAGCCUGAAGGAGUUAGUCAAUGCCAGCUACACGGACAGCUACUACAAGGGCCAGACGGCACUGCACAUUGCCAUCGAGAGGCGGAACAUGGCACUGGUAACCCUCCUGGUGGAGAAUGGGGCAGAUGUCCAGGCUGCAGCCAAUGGGGACUUCUUUAAGAAAACCAAAGGGCGGCCUGGCUUCUACUUUGGUGAACUGCCCCUCUCCCUCGCUGCGUGCACCAACCAGCUGGGCAUUGUGAAGUUCCUGCUGCAGAACUCCUGGCAGCCGGCAGACAUCAGCGCCAGGGACUCUGUGGGCAACUCGGUGCUGCAUGCGCUGGUGGAGGUGGCCGACAACACGAUUGACAACACCAAGUUUGUGACGAGCAUGUACAACGAGAUUCUGAUCCUGGGGGCUAAGCUCCAUCCUACGCUGAAGCUGGAGGAGCUCACCAACAAGAAGGGGCUGACGCCGCUGGCUCUGGCCGCCGGGAGCGGGAAGAUCGGGGUCUUGGCCUAUAUUCUCCAGAGGGAGAUCCAGGAGCCAGAGUGCAGGCACCUGUCCAGAAAGUUCACCGAGUGGGCCUACGGGCCCGUGCACUCCUCGCUUUACGACCUGUCCUGCAUUGACACUUGGGAGAAGAACUCGGUGCUGGAGGUGAUUGCCUACAGCAGCAGCGAGACCCCUAAUCGCCAGGACAUGCUCUUGGUGGAGCCGCUGAACCGACUCCUGCAGGACAAGUGGGACAGAUUCGUCAAGCGCAUCUUCUACUUCAACUUCUUCGUCUACAGCUUGUAUAUGAUCAUCUUCACCACGGUCGCCUACUACAGGCCUGUGGACGGCUUGCCUCCCUUUAAGCUGAAAAACACCGUUGGGGACUAUUUCCGAGUUACUGGAGAGAUUCUUUCUGUAUCAGGGGGAGUCUACUUUUUUUUCCGAGGGAUUCAGUAUUUCCUGCAGAGGCAGCCGUCCCUGAAGACCUUGUUUGUGGACAGCCACAGUGAGAUGCUUUUCUUUGUGCAGUCGCUGUUCAUGCUGGGGACCGUGGUGCUGUACUUCUGCCACCGCAAGGAGUACGUGGCCUCCAUGGUGUUCUCCCUGGCCAUGGGCUGGACCAACAUGCUCUACUACACCCGCGGCUUCCAGCAGAUGGGCAUCUAUGCCGUCAUGAUUGAGAAGAUGAUCCUGAGAGACCUGUGUCGCUUCAUGUUUGUCUACCUGGUUUUCCUGUUCGGGUUUUCCACAGCGGUGGUGACACUGAUUGAGGACGGGAAGAAUGACUCCGUGCCAGCUGAAUCCAUGACACACAGGUGGCGAGGGCAUGGCUGCCGGUCACCUGACAGUUCCUACAACAGUCUGUACUCCACGUGUCUGGAGCUGUUCAAGUUCACCAUCGGUAUGGGCGACCUGGAGUUCACCGAGAACUAUGACUUCAAGGCUGUCUUCAUCAUCCUGUUGCUGGCCUACGUGAUUCUCACCUACAUCCUCCUGCUCAACAUGCUCAUCGCCCUCAUGGGAGAGACUGUCAACAAGAUCGCACAGGAGAGUAAGAACAUCUGGAAGCUGCAGAGAGCCAUCACCAUCCUGGACACGGAGAAGAGCUUCCUUAAGUGUAUAAGGAAGGCCUUCCGCUCAGGCAAGCUGUUGCAGGUGGGGUACACACCCGACGGCAAGGAUGACUACAGGUGGUGUUUCAGGGUGGAUGAGGUGAACUGGACCACCUGGAACACCAACGUGGGCAUCAUCAAUGAAGACCCUGGCAACUGUGAGGGCAUCAAGCGCACCCUGAGCUUCUCCCUGCGGUCAGGCAGAGUUUCAGGGAGAAACUGGAAGAACUUUUCCCUGGCUCCCCUUUUGAGAGAUGCAAGUGUUCGAGAAAGGCAACCUGCCCAGCCUGAGGAAGUUCAUCUGAGCCACUUUGCAGGGUCCCUCAAGCCAGAAGAUGCUGAGAUCUCCAAGGCUCCCACUGCUUUAGGGGAGAAGUGAGGGACCCCCACAGGGGGCUCUCAACACUAUGGGCCUCAGGGUACCACACGUCGCUGGGGGGCUGGGUAGGGAGCACCAGCGCUCUCAGCAGCCUGGCCUGGUCUGCACCUGCCCGGGCGUUUUCCCAGGCUGCACUGGACAAGCCGUGGGAAGCAUGCUGGCUGCAUGGGGAGCGAUCUUCACCCAACCCUCCCUGUCCCCAGGUGGCUCUCCUAACAGGAAAGGAGCUCGCUUUUAAGGUUUUACUGGCUUUAUUAAACAUCACGAACGAUGAAUCUCUGCUUGGAUAUAUGUGAUGCCCCUGUUAUCUUCAAUUUUAUAUUACUGGGAGUGAAAGGAAAUGAAGCCCAGGAAAACACCUUUUAGAACAAGACACUUCCUUGGAUGUAAAAUGCUGAAAGCCUUCUUCCACAUCUCCCCCGUCCAGAGUGGUCUGGGGCUGGUGU